AUAAAAUAAAUAAACAAAAACCGCCUAAGCCGCUAGGUUUUUUUUUUUUAUAAACACCGCUCGAUAUCUGGGGGGUGGAGGAGCGGUCGGUGGUCUUUAAUCUGCGGCGGUUCCCGAAUCCUCUGCUCUUUGCUCUCCUUUAGAUUCUGGGGGAGCCAAUUUUCUUCUUCUUUUCUCUUCCUUUCGCCAUGAGUUCCUCGAUCCAGAUCGUUGUUGAGACGCAAGUGGAAGCUUCUUUGUCUCUUAAAGAUCAGGAUGAAAAGAAGACUGAAGUAGUGAGCAACGAGCUGAGUUUCGGGAACCAUGGCGGAUGCUGUGCAAUAUGUUUGGAUACUAUACCUCUUCAAGAAACUGCUAUGGUCAAAGGCUGUGAACAUGCUUACUGUGUGACGUGCAUACUCCGUUGGGCAAGUUACAAAGAGAAACCUACCUGCCCACAAUGUAAGCAUCCAUUUGAUUUUCUCGAUCUCCACCGCGCUCUUGAUGGAAGCGUUGAAGAUUUCAUGUUCGAGGAGAGCGUCUGCCUCCUCCUGAGAGCAUCGUGGUUUCUUCCACUGGAAGCAGUGGAGCGGGUGUCGUACAACGGCAACGACAAUUAUGAUUUCGACAUUCCACCGGAGUAUGAAGAGGAAGACGAAGAUGACCUUGACGAGUUUUAUCUGCACGGUUCGAAUCUUCGUUUAGGGAACAGGAGGUGGGGAGACAAUGGAUUCGUCAGGUCAGGCCGCCAAGAAGCGAGGCCGGCCCAGGCCCAACAUAAGCACCACCGAGGUGGCCAAGCCUCUGGUUCUGAAUCAGGCUCUUCUUCUUCCUCCUUGCGUGAGGCAAAGGAGAAGACUAACAACAGUCCUGCAACAGGCAGGCGUGCCAAGAGGGCGAUGAAGCGUGAAGCUGCGAACAAAGCUGCAGAAGUAGUUGCAGCUGCAAAGCAUGAGGCUCUUUUGGUUAGGCUGGGAAGGAAGUGAGUGAUGGUUGUAUCUCUGUAAUUAAAAUCAAGCCACAGCCUCUAAAUGCACUAACUUCUUUACUAAUCUGUACAGCAAUUAGUAUUCAAUAAUGGUCGAACGACAAGACUUGCUUUAUCUUUGUCGUCGAAGAUACUUUGUUAGAGUUUUAUUUGUUUAAUCUCACAAAUUUCUUGAUCA